AUGUCCACCUAUAGCAAGGCGUGUUGCACACUGCCUCCAGUGGUCGACACUGCGUACGAACCCAAGGGCAAAUAUGUCACGGUCAACGGGAUGAAGACCUAUGUCACCGGCCCAGAGACCGCCACGGAGGCCAUCCUCGUUGUAUACGACAUCUUUGGGUUUUUUGACCAGACCCUCCAGGGAGCAGACAUCAUGUCGUCCGCUGACCCGGAGCGCAAAUACCGGGUGUUCAUGCCCGAUUUCUUCGAUGGCAGUCCCGCAGACAUCUCCUGGUACCCCCCAGACACCGACGACAAGAAAGAAAAGUUCGGUGCCUUCUUCCAGAACAGAGCUCCGCCACCAAACACUCUCCCACGCAUCCCCGGGACGGUCGAGGAGAUAAACAAGACCUACGGCCCUGGCGGUUCAGGCUUCAAGUCAUGGGGGAUUGUCGGAUACUGCUGGGGUGGGAAAAUCGCCUCUCUCCUCUCUGGCAAGGACUCUCUCUUCAAAGCUGCCGUUCAGGUCCACCCGGCAAUGCUUGAUCCAAAGGAAGGGUCGGAUGUGACAAUCCCCAUGGCCAUUUUGGCUUCCAAGGACGAAGAUGCUACUGAGGUAGAGACAUACAAGAACAACCUCAAGGUCGAGAAUCUGGUCGAAACAUACCCGACCCAGAUUCACGGAUGGAUGUCUGCUCGAGGUGACUUGAAGAACCCCGAGGUCAAGAAGGAGUACGAGAACGGAUACAAAACCGUCGUCGCCUUCCUCCACAAGCAUUUGUGA